GCACACACACGGGACAGGAGGGCGACAGAGAGGGGGGAAGAAUGCUGCGAUGCUGCGUCUGGCGGCUAGGAGAGCUGCUGCUGCUUCUCCUGCCUUCUUACGCUUGGUGGAGGCCAGGACCAGGGGUCAACUGGGAUGUGAUGGAGACUCUCUGGUACGACUCCGAGGGCUAGCGCGGGAGUGGAAGUGUUCGACCUCGAUCUGUUCGGCAAACGUGGAGUCCGCCGACAUGCUGUCCCUCUUACACAGCGGCAUCGUGGUGAUCUGCUACUUCUCCGCCGGCACCUAUGAGGAAUAUAGAGACGACGAGGCCGACUUCCCGCGGUCCGCGCUGGGUAACCGUGUUGAGCAUUCCGUCGGCACUUGGUGGAUCAACAUCAAUGACGAGGACAUCAAGCCCGUCAUGGAGGGCCGGCUAGACCUGGCUUCCGAGAAGGGGUGUGACGCGGUGGAUCCGGACUUCAUGGAGUCGUACACCUUCUCGGCGGACGAAACCGGGUGGAACAUCACUGCUGACGAGCAGCUGGAGUACAACAAGUGGAUCGCGGACCAGGCGCACGCGCGAAAUUUAUCGGUGGGGCUUAAGAACGACAGGCUCCAGAUGGAGGAGUUGGAGCCCUGGUUCGACUGGGCGCUGUCCACGGACUGUUACGAUGAGGAAGACUGCGGCUCGUAUGGCCCUUUCGUUACGGCGGGAAAGGCUGUUCUUGACGCUGAGUUCGCGGUACAAGACUUGGGCCUUUGCAACGACACGCUUUGGCAUCCGAUCGACUUCAUCGUAAAGAGUUAUGAGCUGGACGAGCAGCGAUGUAGCUGCGGCUUCCCAGAGACAAACUUCGAGUGCGACGAAGUCCUCGCCGGACACGCGUCGUCGAGCAGCAGCAGCACGGGCGGGGGAACAACUUCUCACACCUCCGGAGGGGGCUCCGCGGCCGGCACCGACGACAGCGGGGAGGGGCAGGGGGGAGACGGGACCCCCACUUGGGUGAUCGUGACCGCGAUAGCGGUAGCGGUGCUUGCGGGGAUGAUGGCCUACGGGGCGAUGGUGUGGAGGAGGAGACGGGGGAAGGACAAGAAGGUGGAGGGCGUGGACGAUUUUUGUGACUCAUGACGAUUGGAUCUCUCCUUUGUUGAGGCUAUUUUUUUUUUUUUCGUCGCGUUGUAUUUCUUGAGGAUCUCGUUUUUUGGUGAGUGAGGUGCGGCUUGAUUUUUUUCUAGUGAGGCUGAAUUCUAUUCUUCUGGUGAGAGUGGACGUUUUUGGUUGGAGGGUUUCUGGGCUGAUGUUGAUGUGGGAAGAGACUGAUGCCAAUGUUUGCAGGGCAUCGGGGCGGUGAGCUUCGCGUUUCUCAAUGGAUUUUUGGAGCGAUUUUGCAAAAAUGGUUAGGCUUGAUUUGAUUGGGGUUAGGGUGAGAGGUAGGGUUGCACGGUAGGACCAUCACAGUGACUUUUUUGGCGAACGGUUUGCUGGAACUCGGCGAGGCGGCGGCGUGAUUAACCGAGAACCGUUGUGGGGGUCAGGGGUUGACCUGGUUCUAACUCAAGCGAUGACGCGCUGUGCAGAGGCCUCCGUGAUGUGUGUGCGACCGGCCUGGGGUGUUGGGGUCACGCGGCUAGGCCCUCGCUCAGACGGGGGUAAUAGUCGCCGCUGUGACGGGCGUCUCCACCAAGCGCUGGUUGCAGCUACGGCAUGAAAUAAGGUGGACACCGAGCCGUUGGCGCGGGUGGGGCGGAGUCAUGUUUUGGCAUGCCUUAGCGAGAAGACCACGCUUCCUCGGGAGGGUUGGCACCCAAAGAUCUGGCUCGACGGGCGCAUGUUUUGGGCAUGCCUUCGCGUUUAGAGGACGCGUCCUCGAGAGGCGGGGUGAUGUGUUGCGUCGAGCUAAUGGCUCCCUCGAGGCGCAUGUUUUGCUUGGCGGUGGCGUUUUCAUUGGCCGCCCCGCCGGCUCGUGGAGGGGCGUCUCAUGCUUUCUACCGGCGCACGAGAAAGAAUGGCUAUACGCGUCGUCGUAUCAGCAUGUACAGAUUCUGAAGUGGGUUGUACUGGCUACAGCAGUAGUCUUCCUCGCGUACUUUGGAG